GGGACCCGGCGGGGCUCCUGGCGCUGCGCAUGGACUCGCCGCGGGACCCGGAGGGCUUCGGCCCCGCCGCAGGUGAUGGACCUCCCGAAAGUGCAGGCGAGACACGCAGGUGGUGGGUGUCCAGAGAACAGCUUUUUGUAUUGAUCUCUGCAGCUUCCAUCAACUUGGGUUGUAUGAUGUGCUAUUCCAUUUUAGGACCCUUUUUUCCCAAGGAGGCUGAAAAGAAAGGAGUCGGCAAUACAAUUAUUGGUUUGAUCUUUGGAUGUUAUGCUUUGUUUGACUUUCUGGCAUCUUUGUUAUUUGGAAAAUAUCUUGUACAUAUUGGAGCGAAAUUUAUGUUUGUGGCAGGAAUGUUUGUAUCAGGAGGAGUGACAAUUCUUUUUGGUAUAUUGGAUCAAGUUUCAGACAGAUCAACAUUUAUUGCUCUGUGUUUUAUAGUGAGAAUAGCAGAUGCCAUAAGCUUCUCUGCAGCCAUAACUGCGUCUUUUUCUAUCCUUGCAAAGACGUUUCCAAACAAUGUGGCUACCGUCAUGGGAAUUCUUGAAAUUUUCUCUGGACUGGGACUUGUGCUAGGGCCCCCUAUCGGUGGCUUCUUGUAUCAGUCCUUUGGCUAUGAGGUGCCUUUUAUUGCUCUGGGAUGCAUAGUUCUGCUGAUGGUGCCUCUCAACAUGUGUAUUUUACCUAAUUAUGAAUCCGAUCCAAAUAAACACUCAUUCUGGAAACUGAUCACUUUACCCAAGGUUGCCUUCCUCGCCUUCAUCAUCAUCUCCGUCAGCUCCUGUUUAGGCUUCCUUGACCCGACUCUGUCUCUCUUUGUUAUGAAGCAGUUUAAUUUACCAGCUGGAUAUGUCGGACUUGUAUACUUGGGCAUGGCCCUGUGUUACAUGAUUUCUUCACCACUACUUGGUCUACUGAGUGACAAAAUGCCGCAUCUCCGGAAAUGGUUUCUGGUCGUUGGAAGUCUCAUCACUGCAGGAUGCUAUAUGUUCUUAGGACCUGCCCCAAUCCUGCCCAUUAAAAGUCAGCUCUGGUUGUUGGUGUUGAUGUUAGUCAUCAGUGGCAUCUCAACUGCAAUGAGCCUGAUUCCAGUUUUCCCGGAAAUCCUUAGUUAUGCACACGAAAAUGGCUUUGAAGAAGGCUUGAGUACAUUGGGACUUGUGUCAGGUCUCUUAGGUGCAAUGUGGUCAGUUGGUGCUUUUAUAGGACCUGUGCUGGGUGGAUUUCUAUAUGAAAAAAUUGGUUUUGAAUGGGCAGCUGCUAUACAAGGUCUAUGUUCUCUGGCAAGUGGAUCAUCAAUGGCCUUGUAUUAUCUGUUGGAGAACUCAAGGAAAAAAAGAUCCAAAUUUCAAGAUAUUCCCAGCACAGAGGAGGACCGAAUUACUCUUUUGUCUGAUGAAAGAUAGCCCUGAGAAUCCUGGAUUGUUACCGGGUAGAAAACAGACGCUUUGAAUGUCAAAGUUGGAAGAGUUGCUUAAUUGCACACAUGGAAUUCGCAGAUCCUACACCAGCGUUCUGGAAAUGUUAUCAUAUUUGGAUGCUCCUGUUUUGUACUUAGUUGGCUGAUAUGUUGCUCGUUGAUCCAGUCAUCUUUGAAUCUUUAAAUGUGAAAAGAACAGCCAAAUGUUAACAAAAGGACUUUUUCUUGUUUGGGGGCCACAGCCGGUAAUACUCAGAGGUAACUGUUGUCUCUGCACUCUGGAAGUAGUUCUGGCAGUGCUUGGUGAACCAUUUGGGAUACAGGGGAUCAAACUCCAGUUGGUAACAUGUAAGGCCAACACCCUACUCACUGUACUCUCUCUGGUCCCUGAAAGUUUGUAAAGUAACUAAACUUGGACUUGUUAUUAAAGCCUCCUUUUCCCUCUUUUUACUUUUUAUUCCAACUGCACUGAUUCUGAAUGUAA